AUGAAAGGAGUUUAUUCGCCUAAACAAAUAGGUCGUUUUGUGUCAUCAAAUACUGAAAAUCUAUAAUAAAUCAUUUUAAUAACUUAACAAUAACUUAAUAAUGCUAUUUAAGCUUCUUUUAAAUAAAAGGUCCUUUUUAGGAUUCUUGAAAUUUGUUAAAAAAUAGGAAAUUUAGUUAAUAAACCAAUUAGUUUAAAGAUACUAAACGAUUUAAAAGCAGAAAUCUAAAUAUUAUUAGAAAAGGACAACAAAGGGUCUUCUGAGCGCAUCCUUUUGUAAAGAUUAUAGAUUGAAUUAUAAAACAAAAUAAUCAUAAUUCAAAAACGUCUAUUAAAAUGUGUAGUAAAACAUAUUAAAGAGUAAACAAUUUUAUAUACUUAAUAGUAGAGAGGGAGAAAAUUAAGUUGGAAUUUAUCAUUCCUAGAUAUUUCUUAAAUAUGAUCUAUUGAGAUAAGAAAAAAAUUAAAACCAAAAAGGGAAUUUAAAAUCAAAAACAUUAGAGUGA